AUGUCAGGCAUCGGCGGCUCUGAAGACGAGCCGAUGAAUCCUAACCUGCUCGAUCCUGUGUUGCGGGGCUCAUUGGAGAGGGAGCCUGCUGGACCAGACGAUCACGCCUCCCAACAGAAGGGUUCUGCCAACACCGAGCAUGCCAGGUUCUCUUGGCUGUCCCAGUCUGACCGGCAGAUGACAACCCGCGAAGACCUACAUCGCUCGGAUCCACAAGACAAGCUUGAUUUCGUACUGGACGGGCUUCCAGAUGCAACAUCCAAACUUCUGUCUGAUAUCGCACAACAGACCGUGCCUCAGUGUUGUGAAUUUCCACAUACAACAUUCCCUCAUCUCGGAGAUCCGUUCCAGGCAUGGCCAUUCAGAGAUGGCGUUGAUUGCUCAAAAGUGCGCAUGGAAUUCUUCAAGAUGGUCCGGGAGGUCCGCUUCAUCCUCGUUCGCACAGGACGGGGAGAUAUUCCUCUAGAAGAGUGGUUUCCACCAUCCGGCUGCCCCCUCACCUCCAGCCUGUGCUUCGAAUCAACAUAUCCGAGUACGAAGCGGAGUAACAGCCCAGCUCUUCAAUUCAUGUUCGCAGCUUACACAGGAGACCUGGAUGAGAGUAUAUUCUUCUUCGAUCGAUGGCCAAUCGUUACGCCCACAGCAGGACGCUUCGCAAAACACGCGGACGCCGUGAGGAGAUGGGGCGAGCAGGUGGUGUCGCGCAUCGACCAGUUCACGGCAUGGUGCCGUUCGACUUGCGUCGCGCCGGUGAGCAUAGUGGCAGGCAGCGAGCUGCAGAAGGACAUGAUCGCCAGCGCCGUGGAGUUCGUUGCCAUUGCCGAGGUAUCGUCAAUCAGGACCUCUGAAGAGUUCCCGGUCAAUCUCGCCAUCCUCCAACACCUUGACCGAUACCAACUCGGAGUUCCACUACCCCACGGACAAAAGUGGUCCUUCAACCUCACCCAACAAGCGGACGAGAAGAUAGCCCUUGAUUUCGUACUCUCGACGUCGCUCACGCCAUCACAAAGAGAACCAGACGCUUCACAGUCGUUGACGCUACCGAUGUAG